AUGUCUGUGGAUCAUCAUACAAGAAAACGUUCGAAUUCAUUAGUUCCACAAAUUGUAGAGAAUUUACCAAAUGAUCCAGUAACUGGACAAUCAAUAUUAUUUAGAACCGUGUUCAAAGGAAGAGAUCAUUCGAAAAUUAUUGAUCCAGCGGGAUUUUGUGAUAGUAAAGCGAAUCAAUUAUUGUUAAAGCAUUUACGCAAGAAACGUAACUAUGGUUAUUUAUACUGUUUAAUUGAUCGUAUGAGAUUUGAACGAAAAAGUCGUUCAAAAUUAUUUCGUGAACAAAUCUUUUAUCAAGAUAUUAAGUAUAUUUAUUUUUUCUCAAAUAUACCAAAUGUUUUCAUGUUAGCAUUGAAUGAUGAUAAACAGAGAAGAAUUUAUGAAACAUAUUCAGUGAAUUCAAUGGAAGAUAGAAAUCGGAUUGCAGAACUUACACAGAAUAAAAGUUCAUUUGGAAAAUUAAGAGCAAGUAUAUCUAGUCAAGUGAUUAAUUAUGGAAAUAAUAUACUAGAUAAUGGUCAUAAUUCAUUAGAAGGAGAAGAAGAUGAAAUACAAAGAGGAAAUGGACUAGAAGAAGAAGAUGAAGAAGAAGAAGAAGAGAAUUUUCACACUUACAGAAGUAACAAAAGACACAGUCAUGGUUCAUUACAUAGAAUCAAUGCCAUAUCCAAUAAUCAUUCUGAAUUUUAUGAUAAUUCCAAGACAACUGGAUAUUUACAGAAUGCAUAUACAAAUGGUUAUUUAAGUCAUUCAAAUAUGCCUAUAUAUUACAAAAGUAGUACAAUGUCACGUGAAGUAAAUUCACCAAUUCACCAGUCCUACUCAAAACAACAAACCAGAUCUUAUAUUGAACGUACACCUUCUCCGAAAGACUAUUUCGUUAUGCAAUAUCAAGGAAGAAAUACACAUAAUAAUCAAAGAGUAAGCACACAUUCACCAUUUACAUACAACAGAGAAGCAAGUUAUAUACCGAUAACUAGUAGUGAACCAUUGUUAGCAAACAGUCCAGUCGGAGAAGGUCCAAUUUAUUUUUAUGUUCAACGAAGACCUAAUAAACCAGAGACACAAAUGGAUGAAACCACUGUGAUAAGAAAAAGUCCUUCAGCAGUCACUAUAUAUCGUUGA